AAAACAUAUUGCAUGAAAUGUAUAUGCUAAAUUUUUGUUAACCAACUUUUAGAUAGACAUAAUUAAAGGAAAAAUAAUUAAAGAAAAAAAACUUGUAAUUUGUAAAGGGUAAAGGAGUGGAACUACGAAUCUUGCUCUGGCAAUAGCAACCGCCAUGAUACAAUAAUACAAACGCUGGAUUUCCUUCAGCUGAUACUAUCACCCGCAUUUAAACAGCAUGGCUGCCUUCUGUCUCAGCUUCGUCUCAAUCUACGGCAGCUUCCUCCGCCGCUGUCUCGCCGCCGCCGGCCUCUCCUCUCAAAGCGUAGACAUAGACAGCGCCACCACCAUCAGCUUUUGGGGCCCCGCCGCCUCCACCAAACCUCCGCUGGUCCUGAUCCACGGCUUCGGACCUCACGGCGUCUGGCAAUGGCGACCUCAGAUCUCCUUCUUCUCCCGCCAAUUCAGCGUCUACGUGCCCGAUCUACUCUUUUUCGGCGGCUCCUCCACCGAAUCCGCCGACAGGUCCGAGAUUUUUCAGGCGGCUUCCGUUGCUAAACUCAUGGAGAAGCUCGGGAUUAGCAGGUAUUCCGUAGUCGGCACGAGCUACGGCGGACUGGUUGCGUACCGAAUGGCGGCGAUGUGGCCGGAGAGGGUGGAGAAGGUGGUGAUCGCUAGCUCCGCGGCGAACAUGCGGCGGAGGGAUCAUGUGGAGCUGCUGAAGAGAGCGAAACUGGAGAAGGUUGAGGAUUUGUUGCUGCCCAGCUCCGCCUCGCAGCUGCGGAAAUUGUUCGGUUUGUCCGUUUUCCGGCGACUGCUUAUGCCGGAUUUCAUCCUCAACGAUUUCAUUGACAAAUUGUAUAGCGAUAAUAGGAAGGAGAAGCUGGAACUCUUGAAAGGAUUAACCCUUGGACAGGAUGAUACUGGAACCAUUUGCCCCCUCUCUCAGAAAGUGUUGAUUGUGUGGGGAGAGCAUGACAAGAUAUUUUUACUAGAGAAAGCGGUUGAACUCGAGAAAUUGCUUGGUGAAAAUGCGAGAUUACAAGUGAUAAAGAACACAUCACACGUUCCCCAACUUGAAGAUUCAGGGCAGUUCAACAACAUUGUUAAUAAUUUCUUACAUGGCCUCUCAUGAUUUCUUUAAUAUAUAUUUUCAGUUAAUUAGAACCAAACUACUACUGGCUUCACAAUAUUUGAUUUGUGAUGAAAUACCGAUAAAUUCUAUAUAGUGUUUUUUUUUAUAAA